UUAUCACAGGUACUCUGCUUGCCUGCCGUGCUGCUAUUCUCGAUGGUCAUAUCCUUUCCGGAUGACAUGAAAUUGUUCAUGUAUCAGUGCUCGCUAACUACAACAAUGGUGCUCUGUCUGAUAUUCGGUUGCAGUACAUGGUUUUACAAUUCAAACUAUCCGAAAACGCGUCUACAUGUCCGCAUACUGAUCGUUAUUGUAUUAUGGAUUAUGUUUGUUUUGGGCGUCGCAACAGCGGUUUUAUUCGAUUUGCAAUAUUCCGGAGAACUUAUAUACGGUUUGUUCGAGCCUGACAUGUUUGAUACUAUCGAUUUGGUUUUACUUUAUAUGGGCAUGAGUUUAGGCGCUUUGGCGCAUCUAAUACUCUUAAUUGUUAAUAUAAUAUUAACUGUAGGUGUAAUUCGAAGAGGACGGAAAUGAAAAUAAAUUAAAACGGAGUGUAAUGUUUGUAUGUGAAUCAAUAGUUAUGUUUCAUUAUGACUA